UUUGGAAGGCAGCCUUCAUGACAUUCUUCAUGAGUUACAACUUCUUACUGUGAGUUAUCGCAGUCAACUAAACAGCAAUGAAAAUUGUAGUAUCAGAUAAACUUUAUGCCUUCUAGUUGUUGGAAUAUUUUCAUUGAAAGACAAGAAUUGAAACUACAUGUAGAUGCCCCAUUUGGCCUAUGACUGCGAUGAGGAUUAACGUAAAAUAUAAAGAUGGAAAUCAAAACAAAAGGAGCACCAAGAAAUAGUGACGGAGAGUAAGAACGGCUUAAAACGGAGUUACAGAUCUCGAAUUAUUCUAAGUCACCAAGACUUGAUGAUGGACUACUUAAGCCUUACGAGAGCUAAUGGGAUCGAGACUGCAGGACGAAUUAUUCAGUCUUGGACAUUCUAGCUAAUUAUGCAGAUGGACUAAACUGGCUUUCAUUGAAUAAUUUCUAUAGUGAAGCGUUUACAUGGACGAUUGCGUUGGAACCACUGUUUUGCACGUGUUCAAGUGAGUGACAGCUAAGAGAUAUCGAACUUGAGAUAUAUUUAUCUUGGCAUUGAGGCUUUAACUGAACCAACAAAUCCGAUUUUGAAUUUCAGAGAAGGUACGAUUAUGUUUGCCAUAGAGUAUCAGUUUGCUGUCUAUGUUGUUUUAUUAAAGUGCGUUUUCAAUUUGGAUUGGAGCACCAUUUUCGAAAGGAAUGUUUGUGCCAUAAGGGUUAUCUUCAGAUUAAAUUCAUCCUAAAAACUAUCAAAUGCAGUUUUUAAAACCGUGUAUAAUCUUAAAGCUCAUGAAAUGCUCAUACAUUCACUUGGAUAUUUCAAUUAGGUAGGCUGCCGUAGAGGAUAAUAACACACAUACGGUUCUUUAUCCAAAGGAUUUAGUAAUAAGAAAGCACUACUGUUACCCCCAAAAAAAGAUUUUCGAUCAAUAUCACCACUGACGAAAUCUUUUGUGACAAUACUAUGAGAAGAACUUUCCAAAGUUGUUCACCUUCAUAGAAUAACGGGACUGGUUUCUUACUAAGAUAUAUAUUCAUCGAACAUAACGUUUCAUUGAUCAAAAUAGAUUUGUAAUUACGAAUAUUGUAUUCUCAAAGGAAAACAACAACAACAUAUGUUGAAAUAUUCAUUAUUGUUCCAAAUUGAUAUCGAUAAUGUCGACAGGUAUUCAAUUAAUGACUGAUCAAAGUGAUUAUUGAGUUGCAAAGUGUACAAGGCAUAGUUACAAGAUCAGUCAAAGGAAUUCACGAAGCGAUAACGUAAGCGGAGCGAUUCAACUUGACCUCAAGGCGACAUAACAAUUAUGUGCUCAUAAGCUUGAGGGAUCCAGAUGAUUAAAACUGUGACACAAAACUAACCCUUGAUAAUAAGGAACCAUUUGAUAGUGGAUGAGUGUAAUUCAGGGGCCUGAGUGACACAUUUGCAACAGCCAAAGGAAGAAGAACAUUUGUUGGGCAAUAUCGUUGGAGAGGGAGUUCGUGUAACAAUUCAUUUAUUUAAGGGGAUAUACGAACUGACUUCUGUGUGAUAUGAGAACCUGUGGUCAGCACGUAGGAUACACGAGGUUCUGGUAGUGAUCAUAUUUUACUGCGAAGGUGCACACUAUGCAUUGCCCAUGCCAAACCUUUGUUAUCAAAAAAGAUAGACCACGCGGAUUAGUCAGGAUUUGUAUAUAGAUUAUAUGGAUUACAGAUUGCGAGAUUUGAUAUCUGUGAAAAGCGUAUAUCUAUCAAACGACACGGACAAGAAGUGUAACAACUGGAUAUAUUUUCAUUAAAAGAGACUUAACUAAUCACUUGCCAUGCAUAACAGUUGGUUAUAUUUCUCGCAGCAGAGUGUUGCAGAUAAAGUCAAGGAAAGGCAUUGUGUCCCUCUGUACUGGAAAAUAAUGAUGGAAAGGGCUGGGUUCACCCGGACCAUGACGAGCCAAGACACUCGCACAUGGUUCGAGGAUGACCGUUAUACCACGCAGCGGCAGGCUGACUACCUCACGAAGCUCCGGCGACUGCGGUCAGAGCUCAUCAAUCAAGAAAGCAGCAACUUAACUAACGCCAUGGAUCGGUUGAACAACCAGCAGAUCCAAGGGAAAGAUUCGCGGCCGAUGAAACUCAAGGGCGGGAGACGGAAUCCACUUAUGGACAGCGGCCCCGACUCCUUUCCCUCGCGACACAUGCGGCUCAUGCAGGAGAAACAUCAGAGGAUACUUCAGCAUCGUACAAGGAAAGCAUCACCGAAGUUGGAAACGAUUGAAGGGAAGCAGCUGGUCGAUCCGACGCUCAAGGACGACAAUGGCUCCACCACGUCGAAGUCUCGCUCAGAAGGAGACGAGACUGCGCGUGAUCUCGUGCGGAGGAUGCAUAAGGAGAAGGAUAUUGCUCCAGUGUUCCGCAACCUCAUUCAACCUACUCAUAGUAUCCCGAAUAUCGGUACGCGCGCACUCAGACGGUCUGAUAAAGAACUUAAUAUAGACUCUGAGCAAAAUCCGAACGCGUCAGACAGCGCUUGCGUCAAACCGCUGAAUAUUCCAAAAAGGACACCUUACGGGCAAAAGGAUUACAAACUUAGGGGACUUUUGGAUGGUAGCAAAGACGAAAUGGUUGUGAAUCCUGCCGCCUUGCAGUAUCUGAAUUAUCAGUACGAUGAACAGAGCGGCGGAUACUAUGUACCUGUGUCAAGCCCAGUAGAGGGCAUGACGGCAGAAGAAGCUGACUCAGUUGGGAACGGGUCAUCGGAAACUCUGUUCAGACUUGAGAGAAUACAUAUACCGAACACAGAGAGGCAUGCCGAAAAUUUGUCAUAUCACAAGCCGAAAGCGCGGCCUAGGGUGAUCGUUUCUGACCCCAAGAACAUCCCAGUCUACAAAUCUUCUGUUGACGACGAAGAAGGGCCAGACUCACGUUUUCCCGAGAUUCAUACUAAAAAGUUACAACGGAAUCGAGGAAAUCCGGAAAAUAACCCUCUCGAAGGUUUUAGAUCAGAAUCAAAGAAACAGAUUGUUGUGGAAAUGCCCAAUAUAAUGUUUAUGCCGAGCACGCCGGAGCCACCUUACGACUCCGAAGAUAACUAUUUGCGCCAAGGCCCUCUGACCAAAGCCCUGACCCAAAAUAAAAUUCGCGAACGUGAGGUUAGGAACUUGUUGCAGGAUGUUAAGGAUUUGAAUCAAAUUACUGAGCAGUUGGAGGAGAGAGCAAAGAUAGAGGAAGCUAAUAGAUGAGACGCAGAAACGCGUUGUGGGACAGAGCUUUAACUUUAGGUCUGAUCCACUGCUCCUCUAUUAUGUACGAGCAUGCACCUUGAGUAAAUUGGUCCCAUGUCCUACAUCCAUGGUUGUUCGAAGCCUGGGUUCACAGUGUGUCGGCUUCAAAGUGGCCCAAGUUCAGCCUACUAGAGGUGGUCACGUUUUGAUGACAGGUAACAGUGUGGUGUAGUGUAUUCAUGUUUAACCUUUCAAUGUGCAGGGCCGGGUGUCUGAGUAAGAGAAAUAGUAUCAACAAAAACCUAUUGGUAGUUUAUCACACUGAGCGGUAAAGGAAACUGAUAGAUAGAUUGAUAGUGGAUUGCUCAACAAGGGGCGCAUGGAUGUUCCAAGAAGAGUUCAAAUUCUAGGCAAAAUGUAUUUACAAAACUUUAUUUCAGUACAUCAAAUCAAAACCAUUCGGGACAAAAAAGUAUCAUCUGGAUGCAAAUCAUUCGGAAAAUCACACAACCAUUCAUCCGCUGUUACAGAGGGCACGGAAAGAGGCCCAUUCGAUGGGAACAGAAGUGGUUUUCUUUUAUGUGCUUUGCAUUUUCUGUCUCAACGUUUUUUUGAUUAAAUGUACUCAUGAAGAUCCACACAUACUAACGAAAUAGUUUGACUUAAGUUGACUUAUAACUGAACGAAGCCACGUGUCUCUGAAACGCCUUCAUCAAUGCCUUCCUCGUAAUUUAUCUAUCUAUUGACAUUAGUAAAGCCGGUAUAUGUUACAGCGUUGA